AUGAACACGACCGGCGACCUGGUGGCGCCAGCCAGGGCCAAGCCUCCGAUUCGCUUGCGCACCUUGCCUGCUGCGAAGGCCAAGCCGGCUACACUUGUAGCACGUGCAAAGCUACCCAGCGGCGCUGCGUCCAAAGCGUUCUUGUCAGCGCCACGAGUCGGCCGAGCCAAGGUGACAGCAAACACCAAGCGCCCGCUCGCAUUGCGCCGAUCGUCCAUUUCAAAGGCCAAGCCAGCGUCAAAAACAGAACUUGCCGAGCUCUCCAGUGACUUUUCGUCCGAAGCAUCCGCCUGCUCGACCAUGUCGGGCGACAGCGACGAGGUCGAGUACAGCGACAGCGAGGACGACGAGGCGGCAACCUCGGAUCACGCUCCACAGGUGACGACGAAACACAGCGCCGUGUCCGAGUACGAGCAGCAGCGACUGCGCAAGAUGCAGCAAAAUGCAGCGUAUCUCGCAACGCUCGGUCUCGCCUCGACCAAGACGAGCCUGCGCCAAGCCGCCAACACGGUGCAAGCCAAGCCGACGCGCAAGCGAUCGCCGGCGACCCCCGCGCUACCGACGCGAUCGUACGCGCUGCGCCGUCGCACGCUGCCGGGUGCGUCACCACCGCGCGCGUCCCCACCGAGCCGUCCCCGCCACCGUCGCCGGAGGCCACAGCACGACCGAGUGGACGCGCAGCUCAAGAAGAUUUACGCAAUGGACAUGAGCACAGCCAGACUUCUCGCAACGGGAGGGCACCUCGGGUACGUGUCUGUGUACGGCGCCGACGUCGUUGCCUCCGGUCCCGCGCCGCUGCAGUCGUUCCGAGCGCACGGAGCAAACGACGCGUAUGUCAAGGUCUGGGACCUCCGCACCGCGAAGAGCAACGACGGCUGCCCCAAGGAGCUCACGGCCACGAACGCGUUGCAUGGCAGCGGCAUCUUUAGCCUCGACCUUGCGCCGCAUGCCCAUGUCGACGCGCGGCUCGUCACGAGCUCCAAAGACCAAUCGGUCGUUGUGAGUCGGUUGACGCCUGCGGGCGCCAUACAAAUGGAAGCAAGGUAUCAGGACCAUGCAGGGGUCGUCAAGUGCGCGCGAUUUAGCCGUCACGACCCCAACGUCUUUGCAUCCUGUGGCAACGAUCGCGCCGUGUACAUUCGCGAUAUACGGUCGCCUACAGCUGCGCCGGUCGCUUUGGCCGAGCUCCACACGCAGUCCGUCAACUGUGUUCGGUGGCACCCCGAGCAAGCGACGCAGCUCCUCACCGCCGGCUUUGACGGGCAGCUCUUCCUCAUGGACACGCGGCAGCCCAAGGCGCCAGUGCAGACGUUUUUGACAUCACCGACCACGCGCCUCUUCAACCCCGAAUUUGUCACUGGCGGCUACAUUGCCGUCUGCUUGGAGAAGGCACUGACACUGUACUGUACACAGUCGGGUGCAGUCUUUAGUCGUGGCAGCAUGGCGUACGAUGGCGACUCGAUCCUGGUGACGCCGACUCGGUCGAUUCUCAUCGCUCACAAGCACAUUGUGUCCCUCUACGCGUCCGAAUGA